ACAUGUUGUCACGUGAUCGAAAGCAGCGAUAUGGCGGAUGUGGACCCAACUAAAUCCCUGAACGGCUUACUAAAUGGAAUAGCUCAAAAAGUAUAUUACAAUAAUGGUGAAAUAACAGAAGAACUUUUGAAAAAUGAACUUUUUCCCGACCUCGCGCAAGAGGAAUUUAACGCCUUGCACGAGAAGAUGAGAGGCCUUUUGAAGUCUAUUGCCAUGGCAGACAUGGACCAGCCCCAGCUGGAGGCCUUCCUGACAGCCCAGACCAAGAAGCAGGGUGGCGUCAGCACAGAGCAGGCUGCAGCCCUCUCCCGCUUCUGGAAGGGUCAGCGUGGCCGGGUCAGAGAGAGCCUGCUGGGCCAGAGCCGAUGGGAGGCCGGCCUGAGGGGCCUCACUUGGAGGGUUGACCUUCCGACUUCGGCCAGCAGAGGAGAGACGGCCAGCAGCCCUGUGGCCUUGGUGGAGUUGGAGCUGGGAAGGACUGGAGAGGACUCCGAGUUUGUGUGCCUGGAGUUUGAUGAGGCGAAGGUCAACCAGGUGUUAAAAAAGAUGGCAGAUGUUCAGGAGAGCAUCGACAGCAUCGUGCAUCGCAGCUAGAAUGGUGUGCAACCCCAGUGUGUGUGAUUGUGUGUGUGUGUGUGUGUGUCAAAUAGUGAGAAAGAGAGAGUGUGUAUCAGAGCAAAUAAAAAGGACUGUAUGGAUGUGUAUAAGUUGCAAGUGCAUAAGUAAGCAUUUUGUGUGUGUGGAGAUGUCGUGCAGUUUGUGGCAAGCGUUGAGUGUGUUGGGAAGAAUGUUCAUAGUGCCCCAUUUUGUGGUUUCCUUCCCUAUUGAUGCUCAAUUCCUGUUUGGGUCCAAGAUGUAAGGUUAGAAGAAACUAAGUCAGUGAGAGCAAGCUGCCAUAUUACCAGAAUUUGCUGUAUACUAGUCUGUUGUACCCAAUAGAGCCUAUUUUUCUUUGAAAGUGAUAGUGAGAAUAUUUCUGCUUUCAUAUUCAUACUUUUGCUUAUAGAGAUCAUGUCAUAUUGUCAGAGAAAAUGGCUUGUAGUACAUAUUCAAACUCUCAAUAUGCUCAACCUUGAACAGUGACUGAACAGUCAUUGAACGUGUAUAGGUGCUGUGCGUGUCCCCGACACGUGAUUUACAUUAAAGUGGAACUUGGUUUAAGAUAUACAGGAACUGAAACUGAUGGUUUCAACAGAUAUUUACUAAAUGUAUUGUCUGCUUCCUCUGCAGUGUCACAUUCUGUACCUUCUGUUUUGCAUUGGCAAAAAUAUACUGUGGAGAUACUUUACUAUGUGACUUUGAAAAUGCUCUUUCCUUGUACCUGCCCCAGUGCCAAGACAGUAACAUUUACUAUCAGUGUGCUCAAAGUAAUGUAAUAUUUUGAGCAUUGUGGUGGGUAUUUUAUGUGACUUUAACUAAAUGAAAAGAUUCAACCUUUUAAUAAAUAAUGUCUCACUGAAAAUCACAAAGAUCGCCAAGAGCAAUAAUCUUAAAUUAUUAUCGAUUUCUGUAGAAGCAAGUUGUGUGUCGUAAAUGUAAUAACAU